GUCGUCGUCGCUGUGUGAAAGUACUUAGAAGCUCUCUUGUCCGCUUGAUCUCUUUGUCUCCUCAAAUUCAUCUUGUUUGACUCUUUUUUAAUUCUGCUGCCUGCAAGUCAAUCAAUCUUGAUCGGCAAUCAUCUCCCUCAGCCACGCGUUCCGAACACCCCGUAUUGUCAACAACAACCCUCACUCCUGACUAUCACAUGAAAGGAAACUCGCUAUCAUCAAAAUUUAACAAUUGAGCACGCGCGCCCUAUCUGCUUCGUUGGUAUCUAUCGACACAGACCCCGGAAGAAUUUAGUAGAAGCUCAUCACCGCUCCUUCGAAACAUAAAGACGACGUCGCCACAUCUGCUUCUUGAGAGAACAACCGUUCAUCCUCGCUUUCACACCAACCUGACGAGAUCGUCUACCUCGCCUUCCAAUUCUCUCCCAUCUCAUCAACACGACCGCAGACAUGACUUCCACACCCCCUGAGACUCCUCCUCCAGGAUUCUUGGGCCAGAAUGGCGCAUCCACUCCUCAAGUGCCAGAGACCCCCAACAUCCUCUUCAUCAUGGCCGAUCAAUUGGCUGCUCCUCAACUGAAGAUCUGGAACGACAAGUCGCAGAUCAAGACUCCCAACCUCGACAAGCUCGCUGAGAAGUCGGUCAUCUUCGACUCUGCCUACUGCCCAUCUCCUCUCUGUGCACCUUCGCGCAUGUCAUUGGUGACUGGCCAGCUUCCUUCCAAGAUCGGCGCAUACGACAAUGCCUCGUCCAUCAGCUCCGACACCCCCACAUUCUCACACUACCUCCGCCACGCUGGUUACGAGACCGUCUUGGCCGGCAAGAUGCACUUCAUCGGUGAUCAAUUGCACGGUUGGGAGAAGAGACUCACAGCCGACAUCUACCCUGCCGACUAUGGCUGGGCUGUCAACUGGGACGAGCCCGACACCCGUCUUGAGUGGUACCACAACAGCAGCUCCAUUCUCCAAGCAGGUCCUUGCGUUCGCAGCAACCAGCUCGACUACGACGAGGCCAGCAUGCACAAGAGUACUCAGUACUUGUACGACUACGUCCGCCAGGGCCCUGACGCCAGACCUUUCGCCUUGACCGUGUCUCUCACCCACCCCCAUGACCCUUACACCAUCGAAGACAAGUACUGGGACAUGUACGAGGAUGUCGACAUCGACAUGCCCGAUGUUCAGAUCAACAAGGAAGACCAGGACCCACACAGCAAGCGUCUGCAGCACGUCUGCGACCUCGAGGACUAUGACUUCACCCCCGAGCAGAUCAAGAAGGCCAAGCGUGCCUACUACGGUGCUUGCUCGUACGUCGACGACUGCAUUGGCAAGCUGCUCGAUGUUCUGGACAAGUGCAAGCUCCGCGACAACACCAUCAUCAUUUUCAGUGGUGACCAUGGUGACAUGCUUGGCGAGCGUGGCUUGUGGUACAAGAUGUCGUACUUCGAGAGCUCUGUCCGCGUGCCUAUGCUUAUCAGCCACCCCAAGUCGUACACUCCUCACCGUGUCUACGAGAAUGUCUCCACUCUCGAUCUUCCCGCCACUCUCUGCGACAUGGUUGGCACUAAGCUUGUCCCCGGUCUGCCUAUGGAUGGCCACUCGAUGAUGCCUCACCUCAGAGGCAAGAAGGGUAACGACACUGUCUUCGCUGAGUACAUGGGUGAGGGUACCAUCGCACCUCUCAUGAUGAUCCGCCGUGGCCCUUGGAAGUACAUCACCUGCCCCGUCGACCCACCUCAACUCUUCAACCUCUCUACCGACCCCAAGGAACUCACCAACUUGUCCACAAGCGAUGACCCUGAGACCAAGGCCAUGUUCGAGGCAUUCGAGAAGGAGGCAGCUGCCAAGUGGGACUUUGAUGCCAUCACCAAGGAUGUCUUCGCUCAGCAGCGCCGUCGCCGCUUCGUUUGGGGCGCUCUCAAGACUGGCGAGUUCCACAGCUGGGACUACCAGGUUCCUGAUGACAGCAGAAACAUGUACAUCCGCUCUCACAUGGAUCUUGACGACCUUGAGCGUCGUGCUCGCUUCCCCAUCGUGGACACCUACGGUCGCGAGAAGACCAUCACCAAGUCCAACACCAAGUUUGCUCACCAAGCUGGCGCCUAUGGUCAGUGAAUCAAAAGCGACCCAGCCGUCGCAUUAACGACAACGACAUUUGUGAAUUUCGGAUCAAGCAUGCGAACAGAGCUUAUACCCAUGAUUUUUGAACGUUUUCAAGCGGGACUUGAUAUCAGGCGAGCGAGGCGUUAUUUGGAGCCUCACAUUUUUCCGAGGAUGGUUUUAGGGGUUGCUGCAUAUGAACAGGAGGUCAAAAAGGUUUCUUCCAAACAGCAUGGCGUUAGCAUAUCGAGACGAGAAGAAGAUAACAGCACAAUUGAAAAUAUUAUCAACAACCAA